UUUAUACUAAGGCAGAGCAGGGACAUAGCAUGUUGCUUUGUAAAAGCAUCUCUAAAUCAUUAAAGAUUUUCUCUUCUUUUUAAUACUUCAAUAUUUCAUAUCUAACAGAUUUUAUUUGACAAAUACAACCUGAGUAAACACAGACAGCAAUUUUCAAACUGUUUCACUUUUUGUUGCAGAAAAAGUGAAAUUUCUUCUUUUGUUAAAUCAUAAUUAGCCACAAUUUUUGAAAAGCUGAGUUUAUCAACAAAUUCUUCUACAACUAUUCUUACUGUGCGUCUUGCCUGUCAAAUGUAAAGCAGCACACUGUAGAUUGAAGCGGAUCUCCAGCAUUAGAGGAAAACCGCCAUCUGAUCCGGUUUGUUGCGGUGGGAGCAGCCGCAGCGUUGGUGGCGCUCUGCGUGAGUCAGCCGGACACACACAGAAAACGACAGCCGACCAUAUGGACCACCGGCGGCGUCCUCGCACAGGUCCAGUUCAUCUCCUGCUGAUGCUUCCAGUUCUUCUGGGUUUCUGCUGCUCAGCUUCUGAUCUGCUUCACUGACAGCUUCAGCUUUUCUGUCUGGACCAACAGAUGAUUGGUUUGCUGCUGGAAACGGAGAUGGUGCAGCAGAUCCUGCAGGGGGCGCUCUGGGGCCUCAGUGUUCAGGAAGUAGUGGAAUCCAAAAAGUGUUCCUCCCAUCAUUUGGUGAAGUUGCGUCACGUGUGUCCCCGCAGCUUCCACGGAGGGUCAGUCCACCCACGGAGAGCGGGGAAAGCACAGCAGGCGAAACGGGCUGCGAGUAAUUCUUGGUUCAUAACAACAGAGCUCAUUGGUUUGAUCUCUACGAUUUCAUCGGACCUCCAUCCCCUGGAAAAGGUCACGGCUCUUCCUGCUAAAGUUGCGAUGGCGGAGCGGGUUCUGGUGGUAGGAGGCGGGGGACGGGAACACGCGCUGGCCUGGAAGCUGGCCCAGUCGCCCCGGGUCCAGCAGGUUCUGGUGGCUCCCGGAAACGCAGGAACCGCCAGCUGCGGCAAGAUCAGCAACUCUGAGGUGUCGGUGAGCAACCACAGCAUCCUGGCUCAGUUCUGUAAGGACCACCACGUCGGUUUGGUCGUAGUCGGACCCGAGGCGCCGCUGGCAGCAGGUAUGGUGGACGAUCUGACGGCGGAUCUUUUCUUAUUUCUGUAGACAGUCUUUAAAAACAGAUAAAAGUAUUUAAAUGACAUUAACAGCAGCAGCAUAAUAUUGUAUGUGUAAUACAUUUAUUUACUGAUUAAUUCAGUUCUACAAACGACUGCAAUUAACUAAGUAAUAUUAAGUACUAAUAAUUUCAACUUUAUUAACUUUUUAUAUUUAAUUUUUCUCUAUUAGCUGCUUUCAUCCUGCUUGAUGCUCCUAUCGCAGGUGAUUGAAUUUUAUUUCAAACACAUUUUUAUUAUUUAUAUUUUUUCAGGCCUUGAGUCUCAAAAUUUCCCACAGUGAAUCGUUUUUGGAGGAUUUUUAUAGAAUAAGUUUUAUUUUCCAUGUACUAACCCUGCAGUGACUCUUAUUUAACAUUAAUGUAAGCUGAUUUGAUUUGGCCUGAUAAAAGUGAAAAUGAGAUCAAAUAAACUGUAAUUAAUAUGAAGAGGAAUAUCUGUAGUUGCGAUAGUUCACCACCAGAGGGCAGUGAGCGCUCAUAAUCCUCCAUCAAACGCCUGUUAAACUGCAGUUUGUUCUGCUGGUUUUCUGCUGAAUCCAUGAAAAAAG